AUGUCGACAGCACACAGACCAACAUGGGAUCCCGCGCAGGCCAAAGAUGUUAAGGGCGGCUCUCGUCAGUUCUCGGUUCGGGAUAUGGCUGCCCACACCAAACUGAAGUUUAGACAAUCCGGCCAAACGUCUGUGGACGACGUGAAGAAGCGUGAUCUCCGGGCUGAGUUGCUGGCGGCAGAGGCAGAUGCGCGAGCGCGGAAGCGCAAGGCUGAAGGAAAGCCUCUGGAGGACAUUGCACCUGUACCGGCGAUUGAAGACGAGGAGGUUAACAAGCGACGGAAAUUGUUGCAACAGGCACUGGAGAUGGACAAGGACGACGACAGCGACGAUAAUAGCGGGAGUGAUAAUGGAGAGGCAAAAGAGAAGGAAAAAGAGCACGAAAGUGAAGAGGAAGAUUCGGAUGAGGAAGACGACACUGCGGAGCUAUUGCGUGAACUGGAAAAGAUCAAAAGAGAGAGGGCAGAGGAGAAAGAACGCUUGGAGCGGGAGCAGAGUGCAAGUGCAAAUGCAGAGAGAGAGGCACAAAUUGCGACCUCAAACCCACUACUCAACCUGGCUGCUGCACUCGGACAGACGCCGGGUAUCAACACAACAGCGCCAGGGACGUUCGCCGUCAAACGGAGAUGGGACGACGAUCUCAUUUUCAAGAAUCAGGCGAUGGAAUCGAAGGAAAGGGAUAAAUCUGGUUUCGUCAAUGAUCUCCUACGGACAGAAUUUCACAAAAAAUUCAUGUCGAGAUUCAUCAAAUGA